AAGUGCAGUCCGUUCCAAGAGUCGAACUCUUGAGUGGGUGGGAUGGUUUAUCAGGUAACCAAAAGAAAUCAAGAAACAAAGGAAGAAACCAAAUUGCCCUUUUACCCAACCAAUUUGCUUUGGACGACUCAACCACGGUUUUCUCGGGCCCGGUGGUUUUGACUGAAAAUACUCCAAAUACCAAAGCCAAUCUUGAAAAAACAGCCCCCACAUCACCACACUACAUUUUCCCACUUCUCUAAACGGCUGCUGGUGCUCUCUCCACCUCUUCCUCGUCCCCCUCCACCGCCACGGCCACCGCUACAAUCCACUUCAAGAAUUAGAGAGACAGGCAUAAAGUAGCAGAAAAGUUGCUUUCCGUCACCUUCUUAGGUUUUGAGUGUUCUUAUUGUCAUGGCUGAUAGCGAUGAGAACCAUCUUGGAGAAGGAGGACGCUCGAGCACUACUAGUUUCUCGCAGUUGCUGUUCUCUGAUGAUGAUAAUAAUGACGUAGUUGGUCUUGAUAUUGGCCAUGCUUUUCAUUACUCUUCUUCCGCUACCACUGGAAAGCCUCCUAAAAUGCUCUGUUUUGGAGGCUUUCACCAUCUUCACAUAAAACAAGCUGAUACUAAUGUUCUAGUGCCUAGUGAACCCACCAUGAGUUCCCUUCAGAAGUCUUCUGGGGUCACAUGCAGUGACUCGUCUUCUACUUCUUCUGCAAACAAUAACAGCAGCUGCAGCAACAAUGUCAAUGUCAAUGUCAAUACUGCCUCCAGAUCAUAUGGAAAAAAUUGGUCAAGCCAAAAACUUGUGCAGAGCACUAGGACCAUAGCCAAAGCUCAAUUGACAAGUGACAGAACUAGUAAAAAGGCCAAAACUGAGACUCGCAUUUCUCCUGCACAUCCAAAGGUGAGGAAAGAGAAGCUAGGAGAACGCGUCACUGCAUUGCAGCAGCUUGUAUCACCAUUUGGCAAGACUGAUACGGCAUCAGUUCUACAUGAAGCGAUGGGAUAUAUCAGGUUUCUCCAAGACCAAGUUCAGGUGCUGUGUUCUCCUUACCUGCAAGACAUACCAGCUGAAGGUGAAGAAAUUGGAGGAGAAGACCCAAGAAAGGACCUGAGGAGCAGAGGGUUGUGUCUGGUACCAGUGGAAUUGACCCUACACGUGGCAAGCUGCAACGGUGCAGAUUACUGGUCACCUGUCAUGGGAAAUAAUCAACAACAUAAUAGCAGUGCCAGUGAAUCCAUCUGUCCCAGAACUCAUAAUUUUGACAGUGAGGAUCAGAAACGGUAAGAAGUGGGUAGAAAAGACAGGGUAAAGCAAGAGAAGGUUUUCACUGCUAAUUUUGGUGUCGAUUAUUAGGCAAAAAAAAGUGGGAAAGGAAAGGAAAGGAAAGGAAAGGAAAGGAAAGUUAUCUUUUGUUAGCUGUUUUUGGUAGGAAAACACGUGGGUUUUAGAGUGGGAUGUGUGUAACUUUUUAAGAUGGCUUACACGAAUGUAUAUUUUCUAGGCUUUUUCAACAAUUACCAAAGCCAUUUUGAGAAGAGGGCUGGUUUGCUUUUGUAGUUCAGUUCUUUGCUUUUCUAAGUGCUCCAAAGUUGAUGAA